UUCAUUGCACCUAUUCAUUUUUGGUAUGUCAAUAUAAGGUGAAUCUGCAUGAGCAAAGUGUUCAAAGUGAUAGAAAUGUAUGUAUUCGGUGUAAUACUUCCAGCUGAUCAUUGGACUCCAAGGCUGAGGUCUCCAUUUGCGUGUGAGCUCAGAACCUGUGGUGUGGUCGCGUUGUCUGACAGGAGAUGAAAACCACUUUCUUGGCCAUAUAUCCAUGCCAAAACCUCCGGGAGCCAAACAAGAAUGUUGUCAGUAGUCCAAACAGCUGCCAUUGAGCUACUGGCAGCACCGAGUCAGGGGGUGGCGGCGUAAGUGAGAACAGCACGAGUGAUCGCAGCUGUUCGCGGCUUGCCAUUAGCUCAGUGCGAAAUGCUCAAGAUUGCGUGAGAGUUUCAACUGUGCUCAACUGCAGUCGUCGUUCCUCUAUACCAAGAGUCAUGGAGCUCUUUAGAGAGGCUACUGUUGUAGUCGUUGUUUCACUUCUCUGCUUCUCUCAAGGGCAAGUGAGAAGCAGACUUUCCUUCCCACGCAUGCGCGGUCGUCUACUGCUGCCGGAGCCAGGCCUGCAGUUAUGCCGGCCGUCGCCAUGCGCGCUGCAGUGUGAGUACGGAAGAGAGACUGGCGCAAGGGGCUGUCCCUUGUGUCGCUGUCGGACAGCUCCGGAUGAUAUAAACAACGGUGAGAUACCUACCACAGAUAACCCGGCAAACCUGGAACAGACAGUCCCUGUGCCUCUCACAACAGUACCUAGCGACUUUGGCGAGUUCUGCAGGCAAGAGCACAACAGUAACCUUUCCUCUUGCCUCCUGCAAAGUGAGAGACCAGACGACUUUGCCCACUUCGUCACCAGGUUUGGAAUCGAUGCGUUCGGUGUUGACCCAGAGGACUACGCAAACCUGACGGUUCCACAGGGCAACGAGACAAAGCUCUCCGUCCACCCACAGAGCGGUUUACAGUCCCUCAACCCGUGCGCCAGAAUCGUGAAGUUUAUCCAUCUCAGAACGGCCCAAAAUCGGAACAAUGAGGAGGUUGAACUGUGGGUUGCCUCGGACGGAAACGGGCGCACUAGACUACAACCGAUGCACGAGGUGACGUGCAGAAGCGCCACCCCGGUCCACAAUGGCUGCGGUACUGCAUCGGCAGGCGGGUUCUGCACAGAAGAAAAGACUCUCCAGAGCGCUUACGUGAUCUCCAGGGACACGCUCAAGCCAUACCGUGAUUGGAUUUAUGUCAAAACAAGUUGUAGUUGUCACGUGGAAGGAUUGGGGUAGUCUUUAUUUCGGGACCGAGAGUUGAAAAUGGGUGUUACUAUGAAAGUAAACGAAAUGGAGCAGAUGGAAAAUUAAGAAACGGGAGAACGGAUAUACGCGAAGCGAGAUGUAUCCUGACAUUGGUACUUACUACUACUAUAUAUAUAACAUGAUAUGUGGACCAAAUAUAGAAUACUGCAGCUUACAACUUAUCGUAUAUUGAUGCAA